AUGUCUCACAGUAGCCCAAGUUACAGUGGAUACAGAGGUCGUUUUGCUGAUUCAAACCAACCACGUGUAGAUUUGGUUGUGCCAACUCGCGCUUAUUCGAAUGACCAACCUAACACUAUGGUUUUAAGUAGUUCUGCGUUGAACUGCAAGCAAUUUGACGGUAAUUGUCGUUGGUCAAACACGAAUGAUGACGAAUUAGAUUGGGGCGUUCGAAUUUCGACUCUUGAGGCAGAAAAAUGGAUACCAAAAUUAGAGACAGAAGUUCAGCCAGGUCCCGGAUCGGCAGUCUUGAUUUCAGCCAAAACUAAUGGAUGGGAAGCUGGUAAACUAGUUUCUGAUCAAAUUCCAUGCAUGACUUCACCGCUACGAUUUACAGCAACUGUUUGGCGAUCGCAUGCUAAAUCUCCUUAUGAACGUCCUAAUCUUCAAAUUUGCUCGCAUAAUACCCACAGCGAACGGCACGUAUCAACAUGCGUAAUAUUUACAAUCGAAAAUGGUCGACCUGUUUCUAUAAAUAUACCAUUGCCAAAGGAUCCACUUUCACCUUUGAGAAUUAUUAUAAUUGGUGACAAUUUUAUUGCUCCUGAUGGUGGUGCUAUAUUCCUUCAAGAUAUCGUUGUCAAUGGAGAAAUAGAUCCACACUGUUCACUGAUAGCAUUUGAUAGCCGUCAAAACGAUGAUGAUCGAGAAAAUUCGCGCGCUAUUAAUGAGUUAAAUACAGAUUUAUCACCGUCGACUGCAAGAUCAGCCAAUGGUGGCCAGAUUCGACAUUUAUAUAGUUUUAAAAACUUCGAAAGCUCUACUGAAUCAGUUGCCGAAACUUGUUUGGCACUAUCUUGCAAUCCAGGAGAUCAAUGCAAAUGGCAGUCGAUCAAUUCUGGUUGGAAAGCGUCAACAGACGAACGUGAAACAAAUCCACUUACCGGAAUAAAAGCACCUCCAUUGAAUUUCAAUGAAUUUUUAGUGGCUCCUCUUACAAAUCGCAGUGUCUCCUAUAAAAUGAUAAGUUCAAGAAUUGACGUCCCUAAUGACAGCGACAAACCGAUCUAUUUCUGCUUCUAUGAAUAUUUUGCGACAGAUGGAGCCCGUCUUGCAUUAUGCAUGGACCCCAUUGGUCGAAGCUGUUUUUAUUCUCGCAGUAAAAUUAUUACUGGCGAACAGAUCAAGGUGAAUGUUUUGGCUGAAAGUAAUGGAACAAAUAAAGGUGAACUCGGAUUUUUACCCGUUAAAGUUACAAGUGAUCCAGAAGGAAAACAUCCGCUAUGUUGA